AUGUCUUUUCAUGUGCCGCCAGUUCUGGCUAAAUUCGAUAUCGCCGGUCUCGUUGCCGUGGCCGUUCUAUUAGCGCUGUUUUUCUUGUUGACCUCCGGUAACAAGUCCCAGUUACCCUUGGUAAACAACAAACGUCCCCUUGAAUUCGGAAUAGCCAAAGCUCGACAGCGCUAUUUGAAAGAUGCGCAUAAUCUCAUCAUGGGCGGUCUUGCAAAAGCUGGAGCUUUUCGAGUCGUCACUGAAAACGGGAUACGAACAAUUCUUUCAGCCGACUAUGCAGAGGAUAUCCGCAGUCAUCGUUUGCUGACAUUGAGCGGCGCUUUGGUUACAGAGCACCAUGUCAAUAUUCCGGGUUUCGACGCGGUCAAAGUUACUGUGACCUCGGAUAUCAUUCAAGAUACCGUUCGCACUAAGCUCACUCAAAAUCUGAUCAAUAUCACGGAGCCCAUGUCUAUAGAAGCGAGUCUCGUACUGAAGGACCAAUGGACGGACGAGCCCGCUUGGCAUGACAUUCACCUGCGACCCAAAGCUCUUGGUCUGAUUGCCCAGCUGUCAUCAAGGGUGUUUUUGGGUGAGAAGAUUUGCCGCAACCCCGACUGGCUGCGUAUUACGGUUAAUUACACGAUCGACUCCCUGAUGGCUGCCGCCCAGCUUCGACUUUGGCCCGAGGCUCUGCGUCCCAUCGCUGCGCGCUUUUUACCCAAAUGCCAAAGGAUUAGAGAAGAGCUCACAGAGGCUAAGGAUAUUAUCUUUCCGGUGGUUGAGGACCGACAGAGGGCUCGAAAGGCAGCGAUCGUGGAGGGAAAACCAGAAGAGACAUACCACGAUGCAAUUCAGUGGCUAGAGGAAAAUUGUCAAGAUCAAACCUUUGAUCAGGCUGCAAUGCAACUCGCUCUGUCUACAGCGGCGAUUCAUACAACCACUGAUCUACUCACUCAGACCAUACUCGAUCUUUGUGGUCGUGAAGAACUCGUUGAUGAGCUUCGGAAGGAAAUCGUCAGCGUCCUUGGAGAUGGUGGCUGGAAUAAGAGUACCAUGUACAAGCUCAAGUUGAUGGACAGCGUCAUCAAAGAAUCUCAACGUGUCAAACCCAUGGCUAUUGCAAAAAUGGCGCGCAAGGCAGAAUGCAACGUCAAGCUAUCCGACGGGGUCGUCAUCCCAAAGGGGGACAUCAUACUGGUCUCGUGCAGCAAGAUGUGGGAUCCCACCAUCUACCCAGACCCCGAAACAUUUGACCCUUACCGGUUCCUGAAGCUUCGUGAGGGAUCUAUGGACAAAGAAAGCGUGGCUCAGUUCGUUUCGCCUUCCCCGCAGCACAUGGGUUUUGGCUUUGGAAAACACGCUUGCCCUGGGCGAUUCUUCGCAGCCGCCGAGUUGAAGGUUAUUUUGUGUCAUGUCAUUAUGAAAUAUGACUUUCGAUUGGCCCAAGGUUGUACACCACGGAUCUUGCGGUCCGGAAUGAGGCUUUCGGCAGAUCCUUCAGCGAGAAUUGCUGUGCGAAGAAGGCAAGAAGAAAUUACGUUGUGA